AGAUUGUGUACCUGGUCCUGUACUCGUGACUCUAACUGUCCCAACAAUGAGAAGUGCUGCAGCAAUGGAUGCGGACGUUACUGUACGGCUCCAUGUACAGUGAAGCCAGGUCAAUGUCGCAACCGGCAGGACAUUCCACUGUCUGCUGAAAGCUGUUUCCAUGACGGCCAGUGUCCUGCCACACAGAGAUGUUGCCCAACCACAAGCGGCCGUGCAUGCAGUGAACCAAGCGGUCAGAGAAGCAGUUAUGGUCAGGGAAGCGGUCAAGCAAAUGUUCAGGCAAGAGGUAAGGGAAGCGGUUAUGGUCAGGCAAGUGGACAUUCAAGUGGUCAGGGAAGCGGUCAAGGAAAUGGUCAGGGAAGCAGUCAAGGAAAUGGUCAGGGAAGCGGUCAAGGAAAUGGUCAGGGAAGUGGUCAAGGAAGUGGUCAAGCAAGCAUUCAGGGAAUGGUUUAUAGUCAGGCUAGUGGUCAAGCACAUGGUCAGGGAAGUGGCCAGGCAAGCCUUCAAGGAAAUGGUCAAGGAAGUGGUUAUGGUCAGGCAAGCGGUCAUGGAAGUGGUCAAGGAAGCAGUCAGUCAAGCCGGCAAGGAAAUGAUCAGGGAAGCGAUCAUGGUCAGGCAAGCGGUCAUGGAAGUGGUCAAGGAAGCAGUCAGGCAAGCCGGCAAGGAAAUGAUCAGGGAAGCGAUCAUGGUCAGGCAAGCGGUCAUGGAAGUGGAAGCGAUCAUGGUCAGGCAAGCGGUCAUGGAAGUGGUUAAGGAAGCAGUCAGUCAAGCCGUCAAGGAAAUGGUCAGGCAAGUGGUCAGGCAAGCAUUCAAGGAAAUGGUCAGAGAAGCGGUCAGGCAAGCAGUCAGGGAAGCGGUUAUGGCCAG